CAGGAAGUGGCCACUUCCACUUAGAUGAAAGUUCACUUCAUUUUACUACAGAGCAGCUUCACAUCAGCUUAUCUGUCAUUUUAUUGCUGAGUUUGUCUUUUCAUAAGAUUCGUGGACUGAAACUGUUGAAGAUGUUUUGGACGGUUUGGUUCUGUUUGUGUUUCUGCCGUCUGGUUGGAGUAUUUGCUGAUACAGAUGUACUGAAGCCAGUGUCAGUGAACGAGGGAGAUUCAGUCACUCUAAACUCUGGUCUUACUGGAAUAAGAAAUGGUCGUCUGAUUCAGUGGUGGUUUUCAGUUGGAAGCACUUUAAUAGCUGAAAUCAAUAAACAGACUGACAGCAUGACUGUAAAUGAGGAUGUUCUUGACGGGAGAUUCAGAGACAGACUGAAGCUGGACAAACAAACUGGAUCUCUGACCAUCACCGACAUGAGAACUGAACAUUCUGGAAAUUAUGAAGUAGAGGUUGACCGUGUUAGCUUCAUUUUCCAGCUCAGUGUGAAUGAAGAAAUAUCAGUCAAGAGUACGGAGCAAGAUCCAGUAACUCUAAACUCAGGUUUUACUGAAAUAACAGAUGAUGAUCAGAUUUUGAGGUCAUUUCGAGGUGAAAAAGAUUUAACAGCUGAAAUGGAGCAGAUAACUGGAGCAAAGAAGUUGAUAGAUUCAGCUCGUCUGCCUGUUCCUGUCAUCAGCAGAAACUGUUCUUCAUCUUCAUCCUCAUCCUCAGAGCAGAAUUGUUCAUUGGUGUGUUCAGUGGUGAAUGUGGGUCAUGUGACUCUCUCCUGGUACAAAGGAAACAGUUUAUUGUCCAGCAUCAGUGUGUCUGAUCUCAGCAUCAGUCUCUCUCUACCUCUGGAGGUGGAAUAUCAGGAUAAAAACAGCUACAGCUGUGUGCUCAACAAUCCCAUCAGCAACCAGACUCAACAUCUGGACAUCACUCAGCUCUGUCACACAUGUUCAGGUGUGUUUGGUGAUACAGAUGUAGUGAAGAUGGUGACGGAGGGAGAUUCAGUCACUCUAGAAUCUGGUGUUACUGAACUAAAGCCACAUGAUCUGAAAACAUGGACAUUUGGACGUCCAGAGACUCAUAUAGCUUUAUUUAAUAAAGACACUGGAAGCUUCUCUACACCUGAUGAGAGAUUCAGAGACAGACUGAAGCUGGAUAAUCAGACUGGAUCUCUGACCAUCACAGACACCAGAAGCACAGACUCUGGACUUUAUAAUGUAACCAUCAAAGGCACGAAAACACUGAUCACAAACAGAUUCAAUGUUACUGUCUAUGCUCGUCUGUCUGUUCCUGUCAUCAGCAGAGACUCUUCAUCCUCCUCAUCCUCAGAGCAGAAUUGUUCAUUGGUGUGUUCAGUGGUGAAUGUGGGUCAUGUGACUCUCUCCUGGUACAAAGGAAACAGUUUAUUGUCCAGCAUCAGUGUGUCUGAUCUCAGCAUCAGUCUCUCUCUACCUCUGGAGGUGGAAUAUCAGGAUAAAAACAGCUACAGCUGUGUGCUCAACAAUCCCAUCAGCAACCAGACUCAACAUCUGGACAUCACUCAGCUCUGUCCCACAUGUUCAGACUCUGUCCACUGCUGUGGUUCUACUGAAGCUGUGAUCCGAUUGGUCCUCUCUGCUCUGGUGGGCGUGGCUACUGUCAUUCUUCUGGUUUAUGACAUCAGAUCCAGAAGAGCUGAUCAAGAGGUGUGUUUGACUAGAAGCAGCGAUGCAGAGAACGAUGAGCGAUCGAAGAAUGAUUUGAAAGCAUAA